AUGUCUAACGGCGAGGAUCAGUCGCUUCUUGAGCGCAUUGAGUUCCCUUCUAUCCCUGUUGAGGCCCAGUCCAAGAUCGCCCUUUUGCAGGAUGAGUUUAUCCGUGCUGAGGUUGAGCAGCUCCGCGCCUCAGUUCCUCUUCUGACCCCGCUCUUCAAGAAGCGCAAUGAGAUCAUCAACCACCCCGAGGUCAAGGGCGACUUCUGGAUUCGCGUGUUUUCCAGCGCCCCUGAAGAGAUUGAUGAGCACAUCCUGCCCACCGAUGCCGCUAUUCUCGGUGCCGCUCUUAAGAACAUGAACGUUGAGCGAUUCGAGGUCAACGAGAAGGGUGAGGGUGAGCCCCGCAGCUUGCGCUUCACCUUUGACUUCCAGACUGGCGAGGAGAACCCCUUCUUUGAGAACGAGAAGCUCGUUAAGGAGUUCUACUGGCGUAAGCAGAUCACCCGCACCCCCAAGGGCAAGCGUCGCGUCUGGGAGGGUCUCGUCUCCGAGCCUGUCCGCAUCAACUGGAAGAAGGAUAUGGAUGUCACCAAGGGUCUCCUGAAUGCCACUUGUGACCUUUUCGAGGCUGAGAAGAAGAAGUCUGGUCCCCGCACCCAGCUUCCUGAGUUCGAGGCUCUUGUCUCCAAGAUCUCUGAGCUCGAGGCUGAGGCUGAGGGUCACGAUGAGGAUGAGGAUGAGGAGGAUGAGGAGGCCAUGGGUCCCAUUGGUAUUAGCUUCUUCAACUGGUUCGGUUACCGUGGCCGUGAUGUCACCGCUGAGCAGGCCAAGGAGGCUGCUAAGGAGGAUGAGGAGCGCUGGGCCAAGAUCGCCAAGGGUGAGAAGGUCGAGGAUGAUGACGAGGAUGAGGAUGAUGAUGAGGAUGACGAUGAAGAUGAUUUCUACUUUGAGGAAUCCGAGGCCUUCGCCAGUGGCGAGGAGCUCGCCAUUGCCAUCGCCGAAGACCUCUGGACUGAUGCCAUGAAGUACUAUGUCGCUUCUUUCGAGAUGGGUGAAGACCUUGAAGACCUUGACAUGGAAGAGCUCGAGGCCGAUAUGAUGGAAGAGAUGGAUGAGGACGAGGAUGAUGACAACUCAUCCGCGGAUGAACAAUCCCACCCCCGCAAGAAGGUUCGCACUUAA